AUGACUGAAGCCAAACAAGAUUUAAUUGAAUUAUCAACAAAUCCUUUAGAUGUAUGGAUAAAUACACAUUAUGAUGAAUUGUGUGCAGGUAUGACGUGUAAAAAUGCUCUAUUCUGCAAACCAUCAGACAUGAAAGACAAGAAUUUCCAAAUGAGUAUUAAGGAUAAAUGUGAUAGGAAACAUAGAAGAAUAGACGAUAAACAAACAUGGUGUUAUGUUUUGAAAGAAGAAAUGAAAGGAUUAUAUAAACAGGUUGAACCAAACGAUAAUGAGGAUUCAUUUACUGACGAUGAAAUACCUGUAAAUGAAGCUUUAUAA